AUGGCUCUAACUAAAUAUAAAAUAGUGUUCUUAGGCGAUCAAGGUGUGGGAAAAACUUCCCUAAUUACAAGAUUCAUGUACGACACGUUUAAUGAUCACUAUGCCGCCACUGUUGGAAUAGACUUUCUUUCGAAAACUUUGUACCUAGAUGAUAAGACGGUGAGACUACAGUUGUGGGACACGGCAGGCCAGGAAAGGUUUAGGUCGCUUGUCCCCUCAUAUAUCCGAGAUAGCAAUGUUGCAAUCAUAGUUUAUGACACAACCAGUAAGAGUUCAUUCCAAUCAGUUGAUAAGUGGUGUGACGACGUACGCAAUGAGAGAGGAGAGAAUGUAAUUAUAUGUCUUGUUGCAAACAAAGCUGAUUUAGCUGAUCAACGCGUGAUUAGCACUGAAGAUGGCGAGAAGAAAGCGACUGGGUUGAAAGUCGAUUUAUUUAUCGAGACGAGUACCAAGAAAGGGUAUAAUGUAAAGAAUCUGUUCCGUAAAGUUGCCAAAACUCUACUGGAGCAAGAUGGGAGCCCAGGCCAGGAUCCAAAAAUAGAUAACGAUGGUGUUGAAAUGAUCGAUCUAGCAGAGGCAAAUGUGGAAAACGAAAGUCAAUGUCAAUGUUAG